UUACGUCAUCUGGUAACAAAGUCCGGAGUUUGGUGCAGGUCGCUGGUGUCCGACGCGCACGUAGUCGCCAUUAGUACGGACGGCGGCAGUGAGGGGGAGAGACCCCGGGAAUUUGGCGCCCGUCCGGGGUUCAUCCUGGGUGUUCCCACGCAGACCCCCCACUCAGCCUGAGUCGCUGUCCUUCGGAAACGAACGAGCACCCGCUGCCGAAACGGCCGGGGAAACGUUGCUGCGAAAAUGAUCAAGACUCACCAUCGUACGUCGUCCAAAUGCCUGGAGACGGUAGAGGUGAAGAGCAAGUUUGGGGCUGAAUUUCGACGAUUUUCCUUGGAUCGAUCAAAACCUGGAAAGUUUGAAGAGUUUUAUGGAUUAUUACAGCAUGUCCACAGAAUUCCAAACGUUGAUGUUUUGGUUGGAUAUGCUGACAUUCAUGGAGACUUGUUACCAAUAAACAAUGAUGAUAACUAUCUGAAGGCAAUCAAGACAGCAAACCCACUCCUCAGAGUAUUCCUGCAAAGAAAGGAAGAUGCUGACUAUAGUGCCUUUGGUACAGAUACUUUAACACGGAAAAAGAACGUCUUGUCAAAUGUGCUGCGUCCUGAUAUUAAUCGAAAGAAACCAGCAAUUGCAAUCAGCUUACCACGUGAUUUUCGUCCAGUGUCUUCUAUCAUUGAUGUGGACAUUCUUCCAGAAACCCAUCGAAGAGUGAGGUUAUACAAGCAUGGGUCUGAUAAACCACUGGGAUUCUAUAUCCGCGAUGGCUCAAGUGUUCGAGUAACACCUCAUGGGCUUGAAAAAGUCCCUGGAAUUUUCAUUUCUAGAUUGGUGCAAGGAGGAUUGGCGGAAAGCACUGGUCUGUUAGCUGUAAACGAUGAAGUUCUUGAGGUGAAUGGGAUUGAGGUGUCAGGAAAAAGUCUUGAUCAGGUGACUGAUAUGAUGAUAGCAAAUAGCCAUAAUCUCAUCAUUACUGUGAAGCCAGCAAAUCAAAGAAAUAACGUUGUGAGAAUUAGUCGGACUUCCGGUAGUUCAGGCCAGUCCACUGACAGUGGAACUAGCCAUGUUACUUAUACGACAUCUCCACAUAUUAUGCAAAAUUUCCAUUCUGAAGAAGUGGACAGUGAUGAAGAAACAGACAUAGUCAUCGAGGGCAGUGGUGAACCAGAACACAUUCCAUUGGCAACACCUACCGACGCUAGUACAGCAUCUCUAACAAAAAGUGACCAUGAUCACGGUUUAACUUCAAAUGGUUCCGUUGCUGGAGUGAAGGAAAACAUGCACAUACCGUUAAAUCCCUUGAAAGUGGAUCCUAUCGAGAAAGAAAAUGUGAACAGGCAAAGCAUUGAAGAAGAUGGCACUGUUAUUACACUCUAAGUUUCUUGAUCUGCACUUAGAGGUGCUAGUGUUUUGUUAAUGGUUGCCUGUUGUACAGCUGCUUUGUCAUAAUUGCAAAUUGCUCACUUUUGAGAAAUGAGCAACAUGAUCUAUGUAGUUAUAUCACCAGAAGAAGUACAGGCUUAGUGGACAGAGUAGCAAGAUCUUCACUGGCUGGACCCAUUCCAUUUGUAUUUUUAUAUGUAGAGAGAAUUAUUCAAAAAACAAACACCACUUUUGGAAAGGAGAAAUAAUACUGCUCCAUCCCAAACAGAUAAAACAAAUGAAUGACCUUGUAUUGUUUCAAGUCAAGCCAAUAUUUCCUCAUUGUUGAAAUACAUUAAGAAUUAACUGACUGUACAGUUAUUGGAAGUGGUGGUCUAAUUAAUUUUCUUUACAACUGUAAACUUUGAAAACAGACUUAACGUAAUCACACUCUCUGCUUGUUUUAUUCCUUUUUUAAAAAGACUUUGCAUGUGUGCAUGUAAUUGGUAAGGUAUUGGUAAGGCACUUUUUAUAACUAGCACGUUUGACAAAGUGACUGCACAACAAGAUGGGAUUAAGUAUAAUUUUAAAUUUAGCCCUAUCUUACAAUUACAUAGUUGCUAUUUAAUUCCUUUUUAUAAAAUGUCUUGCAGAAUCUAGUGUGCAAAAUUCAUUCUUUCAGGUUUUGCUAUUUCUAAUUAGUAAGGAUUAAAUAUAUUGCUCAAUAUAAAUUUAUUAAUCAUGCUCAAAAGACAAACUAAAAUAAUAAUAUCAGCAUAGGAGUAAUGCAUUAAAAUUCAUAUUAUAAUUCCAUACACAUUAUAGAUUAAUAUUAAUUAGCAGAAUAUCCCUAGCUAAUUGUUCUCUUCUAGCAAUGUGUGGAGGGCUGAUGUUAUCAUGAAUUUGGUAAUUUAGAGCCAGUGUACAUAAACAUAGUGAAAUUCUUUUGCCUUGUGCAAACAUCAUAAAAAGGAAAAUCAAACAGACCUGUUGGUAGUCUGAUUAGAUCCAACUCAGACAUAUGACGCCAAAUGGUCUUCAGAAAAUCCUUGGGUGAUAGGAAUUCUAGGGAAAAAAAUUGCCUUGUGCCAACAAAGGAGCCACAUGAUCAACAUGUAUUUUGUUUGGGUCCAAAAAACAAAGUUACCAGUUUUCCUCUUUCUGAUGUUUUGGUAUGUACCAGGCCUCAUCACAUGGAAAAACUAAUGAAUUAUUUAUUUUUAUCCCAACUCCCUGACUUGUUGCUGUACUACUGAGAAUUUUAGCUUUGAACUUAUUGAUUCAUGCCUGAAUAUAAAAGGAAAUGUAAUUUGCAAGAAUACAUUCGCAUUUUAUGAGCCAUUUUAGUAGAUAGGUUUGGGGUUAUUCAAAUAUGUUUUCACCUUCUUGAUUCUUUCUCAGAGCUUUCCAAACAAUUUUCUUUUAUAUCAAACUAUAGUGAAAUUUUGUACUGUAAUUUACUAACAUGAGUAGUAGCUUACUUCUAACACGAGUAAGUUCACCUUGUUACUUAUCAGAGAAAUCUGGGAGUUGAAGGAGACUGUGUUUGCUGAAGGUUUAUUUGCUGACAUUGGUUUCAAUGUAGAUAUUUUAUUGGUUUUACCAUUCUAAUUUGUAUAGAAGUCCAUACAGUGAUGCUUUCUGUAGAAGAUAUAUUUCUUGCAAUAUGUCCUUGACUUGUGGGAAUCAAGAAUUGUGUUACCUAGCCAGACGUCUUUUUUUCAUCACAAUCAAUAUACCUCCUUUAAAUUGAAAAAUUAUCUCUUUUGAAUUGGGGAACAACCUUAAUUCUUAAACUUUUUUUUUACUUUUUACAAAAGUUUAGUUUUUUUUAAGGUAAGGGUUUAGCUUAUUUUGAGUUUUUAAAAAGUUUAUCUUGAACUUUAUAAUGUACUUUCCAUUUUGGGGUCAAGAUGUAAGUAAGCCUGUAAGAGAAACUGCUCCAAGUUCUGCAUGCUUGCUACAGUGGCACAUUUAGCUGAAUCCAGAAGCCAUACUUGUAGGUGACAAUUGGGUUUGGAAGUACUUGCACAGGUCCUUCCAACUUAUAAGAGAGCAAAAUGUAUUAUUAACAUAAUGAACAUUUUGAUCAUACAAAAUCAAAACCCCAUGGCUGCUGUACAUUCCUCUGUCAGGUGACAUCAGUAGAGGGAUGUUUGAACUUUUAUCAGAACAGAUUUAACAUUUGAGCAUCCUUGACUUUUUUUUUGGAAAUAAUCUAUCUUUCCUGAUAUUUUAGAUAGAAGCACACUGAACAAAUAUUCUACUCAAUGUAUACCGUGCAUUUAAGCUUACAUUUGAAUGUAUAGGAUUUUUUUUCUUUACAAGACAGACUUUAGUGUUUUGAAUUCAUAGUUUCCAAAGUUAUUUUUGAGGCCUUUACUCCAUUAGCAAAGAACGAUCAUUUUGAGCAAUCAGUUUUUGUGUUAUAACUGAAAAUUUAGAUAUGUCCCUUUUAGAUAUUACUAGAUUAGUGUUGUCCCAGUGACUUCAUGGUAUUGAUUUGUUUGAAAAAUGCUUAUUUACUCUGCACUCUUGUCAUAAUUUGGAUAUGUUCAUUCUUCAAGGAGAGAUGCUGAGUUAACACCAGGUCUCUUACAGAAGUGUGGGGGAAAGGGUGGUAGUUGGCUCUGCACACUCAGUAGCUGCUUAAAUUAGGAAAUCAUUGCCAGAAAUUAGGAAGCAGGAUGCCCAAAUGUCUUUUUACAUGGUACAAAUUCCAUGGCAAAUUAACUAAUUCUGUUGUGGUCCAAGUCCUGGUUCAAACUGCUACUUAUUGCAAUUGUGAGUUGCAUUCAAGAAUCUACACAUCAAUUACCAUCCUGGUUCAAAUAAGGUAUUUACUAUUUAUACAUUAUCCAAUGACUUCUCUUUGCUUUGUACAGUCCACAGUUCACACCAACAUAAAUAAAAUGCUGGAGGAGCUCAACUGCCUGAUCUGGAUGAAGGGUCUCAGAUUGAAAUGUUGACUGUUCAUUCGUGUUCUUUGAAGCUGUUUGACUUGGUUCCUUCAGUAUUUUGUGUAUUGGUCUGCUCUGGAUUUCCAGCAUUUGCAGAAUAUCUUGUUCACAAUUCACACCAUCCUGAAGAGACUGCAAUUUUUUUUUUCAGGAACUCGGUGAGUUUCAGUUGUUAAUAAUACAGCCAUACAUUAUAUCUGUUGGUGAUUUGUAAUUUGAUUCAUGAAGGGAUGUUAAACUGAAACAAAUGAUUGAUUAUUCUAACCAUGUUUAUCAAAUCAUCAUUGAAGGAAUAAGGAUUUAUAAUUUUUAAUAUAGUGUUUCAAUUAUUAAUCAAAUGUAAAUCCCAGUGGAACUGAAAUCUAUUAAGUUUUUGCUUUAUCUAUUGAAUCACGUUGUAUAUAGAUCCAUAGAUUUCAAGACAUCUUGCUCUACUUUUUUCCAUUUUCACUUGCCUGUAUAAUAGUUUUUCCACCCAAACCUUUUUAUAAGUAAGACAUUUCAUUAUGCUUAAAUCGAAAAUUUUACUGAUGCUGUAUUUCAUUAUCGAACUUUAAAUCUUUUAAACAGCGGGUGUGGGAGGGAGGCCCUCCAUUGGUCAGGGUUGUCCAGGAAUUAUUGCCUCUUAGCUGUCUAUCUGAGACUGUACACAAACCAGGGCAGUAUGAUAUCGGAACAAGCUGUGCCCAUGCAGGUGAUGAACCCAAAGGAACAGCAGAGACUGAUACAGUUUAGCACCGGCGGCAUCACAUGAGUUGCCAGUCAGCAUUGAACUCAAAUGUAGGAUUGCCUUAGGAACUCCAGCUCCAGAUUUUUCCUCACAGUUUACUCCACACUGCCUUUCUCAAGGCAGUGAAGGUUUGAGAUCAGACUUUUCGUUUUCCCAGAUGAGCCCCAUCUCCCAAGGCAACUGGUUUUAAGGUACUAGUAACCUGCCUUUGUCUCUCCUCCUGUCAGUAGAAACUGUUCCACUGGGUUUAGUAGCUAAGCCUGACAUGAAGGCCGGGAGCUAGACCUGGUUGUCAGCGGCCAUGACAACCAUAAGAAAUCCAAUCAUUUGAUUGGAACUCUUAAUUUUUACAUAGAUUUGAUAAUUGGCCACCAACAAAUAAAGAAAAUUACAGAUUCUGAAAAUUUGAAACCUAAUUUAAAGAUCCUGUAUAUAUUCGACUUAAGAGAAAUGAAGGCAUUGUUUCAGGUCAACAGCCUUUCAAUAAAGCUUUACUUUUUCCUUGGAUAAAAAGGCUAGGACCUGAAAUAUUAAUUCUUUGUCCUUCUCCACAGUUGCUGCUUGACAUUCUGAUUAAUUCAGUAAUUUUCUUUUACAAUAAAAUAACUAGCUGAAAACUCAUUUACAUUAAAAUACUUGAUAUUUGCAUAAAUCAAACAGCUAAAAAUCAUGUCAGGAUUUUCUCAGUUACUUAACCAUGCUAGUCAAAACAGUAGCCACAUUCUCAAAACAGACAACAAUACACUAACACAUUUUGCAAAACUUCCCAUUCUAACUGCUAAAUGCACUCAGCCAACCAGAACAGCAAAAGUGAAUAAUUAAAUGAAAUCAGCACACAGCAUUACAUUACUAACACAUGUAAGCAAUCACUGGCAAGACACUAACCUUCCUGUCUGAGGCAUAACAUCAACAGUGUAGUCAGCUGUAUAGUAUGAUGCUUGUUGCUUACUGUGUACAUAUAAUGCCAGAAAUCAGGACAUUUAGUCCAUUAUUGUAAAAAUAAGGAUUACAAUUCCAUUCAGGAGUAUGAACAUUGAAGGACAGUGUGAGAUGCAAGAAUGAACAAACACAUCUUCACUGGAUUCUCAGCAUCUGUUGUUGCAUGAAAAUCAGACAAAAUUGCUCACACCUUUGCAGCAGGAGUCACUCUGAUAACAGAAAUGUAGACCAAUAAUGAUCACCUUUGACCUUUUGUGUCUCUAAUGCUGGGCCACAUGUUCUCAACAACAUCGCAUGGAAUAUGCUCCCUAGCAAUGCAGCAGGGGAAACGCCUCCUGGAAUACCUAAUCCAGCCCUAGUGGUCUGAUACAGUGAUUAUUAACAAACCAAUUAUCCAUCAGCAUUUGCUCACAAGGAAGCUUGUUAUAGACCCUUCAUCUCCAGGAGGGAAAAAACCUCAAAAGAAUGAAUGAGAACCAGGAAGUAUGGUGGAAGGAUUUUGAUGGAGAUGUGUGGUUGUGCCUGAAACCAGUCUGUCACUGCAGAUGAGUAGUGGAAAGAUACAUUGUCCCACAUGAUGAUGUAGUGUGGGCUAUUGAUCCUGGCAUCUUGUUUUUCCACGCACUGUAGUUGUCUAGACCCUAUCAAGGAAUAUGAUGAGGUUUGGGAUGUUACAUGGCUCAAUCAUUGGGAUGUAUGCUUAAACAUCAGUGUUUGAUAGAGCUGCACACAUGGUAAUGUUUGAACCUCUCUGGUAUGGUACCUGGACUGUUGCACUUUGCCCUACAACAUUCCUCCCUCACCUCCUUGUCUUAGAUAUAUUGAAGCCAGCUUCAUCAGUGUAGAUCAGUGGUUCCAACCUUUUUUAUGCCAUGGACCCCUACCAUUUUUGAUUGGGAACCCCUGAUGUAUGUUAAUUAAUGUGGUAACACAUUGGACUCCAGCUCCAUUACCCUCUGAAAAUCGCAAUAAUGACAAUAGAGAAGACAAAGUAAGGAAGAGUGUAUGAUAAGGAACAGAAUAAUUUGUAAAGUCUACAUAUACGACGUUGACAACUUGUACAUCAAGAUACUUCAGAUCCUUAAUCUUGUCACAGAUUUUAAUAAAAGGUGCGCUCUGUAGAUCUGUUUCAUCUUGAUGAGGUUUCAACAUCCAAUCAAUUGUUGAUGUAUUCUGAAUUGGAUAUUUGAGAAUAUGGUAUGAUCUGCAAUUACAGCUGUCUAUUUCACGCAAGUGUAUGGCAUUGUUUGCUAGUACCGUCUGAACAAUUGCUAUCUCUUGUUCAGCAUUGAACACCUUGGCUCACCCACUAACUGGAUAUCUAUUUUCAGUUCAAUAAAAACACAAGUAUAUUUCCACUGAAAUACAUUUACUAUGGCACACUAUUUGUAGAGGGAAAAUUGCUGUUUCAUACAUGAUGUCAAACUUAGUUACAUAUCAUACAGGUGUAAAUUUGAUAUGUGGUGUCUUACCGAUUCUCAUUUCUGAAUGUCCAAAUAAUUGAUGCCACGCAUGAAUGUGACACGUUAGGCUGCACCCUUAGAACAGCCUCGCACAUGCACAGGCCAUAAUUUAGGACAAUAGUUGCUGGUAUGUCAUGAGAGACCACUUCUUCACAGUCCCUUCUCAUCUCCUCUUUCAGCAAACAUCUGAACUCUUUCCCCUUGCAUAUUAGGUGUGUGGAUGUUCUUUCCUUUUCAUUUUCUAUUUUCAAAUGAUGCUACACUACCAUAUAGAAACAUAAAAUUCUGAAAGGCAUAGAUCAGAUAGAGGCGGGAAAGUUGUUGAGAGUAGAACUAGGGGACGUGGCCUCAAGAUUUAGGGGAGUAGAUUUAGGAUGGAGAUGAGAAGGAACUACUUUUCCCAUAGAGUGCUGAAUCAGUGGAAUUUUCUGCAAAGUGAAGCUGUGGAGGCUACCUCAUUAAAUAUAUUUAAGUUGAAGUUGGAUAGAUUUUUGCAUAGUAGGAGAAUUUAUGGGUUAUGGAGAAAAGGCAGGUAGGUGAAGAGGUGUCCAUGGCCCAAUCAGUGUUGAUCUUAUUGAAUGGUGAAAAAGGCUCAAUGGGCCAAAUAGCGUACUCCUGCUCCUAUUCCUUAUGUUCUUGCCACCACUUUUGUGUGUCAGUAUCUGCUGAUUGGUGUAUAAAUAGAUCUGCAAUGAUUUCUUAAUUCCUUCUAAAAUGGAGUCACCUCUGAAUCAAUUGCUGUCAAUUGGGAUUGAUUACUGUUGGCUUAGGCAUUUGAUAGUGUUUUGCUUGACCUGACACUAGCAAUUGAUUUUUGUUUCUUCUCAUGACUGCUGAGUCUAGUGGCUUGCAAGAAGUUUAUUAGCAAUUAAUACAGGCAUACAUGCAAAGAGAAAUAAUUGUACUGAGGUGAUAGCUGUUCUGCUCAUAUUGAGUUUAAAAUUGAUCACAUGCACUUCUGGCUUGAUCAAAGUGUCUAGACAAUUGAGAAACACUAUAAGUAUGUCCAUAUCAAACUAAAGGAGACCUUCAUAUGGUUGGCUUUCAUUGAUACAAAGGUUCCUAAUGCUUCAUCUGUUGUCAUGAAGUAAUUAUUAACAUAAUUAGAAUGUUAUGGCUUUAAAGUAUUUCUACAACUCCCUUCGACUUGAAUUUUUUUCAAUAAUAUUCUACAGAUUUUAUGAAUACGGGAUGUAACAAAGAGUUUUGAUUCUGAACUAGUACCGAUUUGUCUUUCUGAAUUACAGUAGCAUGGAUUUCCUUUAAUUAUUCAGCUACCAGUGAGUUGCUGAAGUGUUCGUAGUGGAGAAGAUUAAAUGCAAGCAUCUUUUAAAGCAAAAGAAAUGGAUUUUUUUCUUAAUAACUGCGAGUUAAAUUUUUAUGAUGACCAGACUCUAAACAUUGUAGAUAUGAUCUCACUGAUAUAGAAUUGUAAUGAGAAUUUUGCAGCAGUUAUUUAAUUGUAAUGUUAGGGUACUUAAAAAAAAAAGUUACUCAAGUUAUUCCAUGCCUUUUUAAAUUAAAUUCAGAUCCUUAUUGUUGUCCUGUGCUGUGAGUGAUGAGGUAUAGGAGUGAAAACUGACAAAAUAGAUUUAAUGAUUCCACGAUUACAGUACUGUAUGUACUUAAUUAUUGGUGGAGAAAAACUUUUAGUUUGUAUAGGGAGGAUAACUAAAUAUUCAUGUACUAUCUAAAAUACAUGAAUUGCUCUAGAAAAAUUGUAAGUACUGUAUUAUGUAUUAGGAAAAGCAGCUGAAUCAAUCAAUAUUAUGCAACAACUUUCCUAUCUUCCCCCCCCCCCCCAAGCUUAUUAGUUUGCACAUGUGUGAUCAUGUGCUUUUUGAAUUAGUUUAAAAUUGAAGGUUUAUUUGCACCCAAAACACUGAAUGUGAUUAAACAAUCAUUUUUAGAUUAUACUGGACAAAAUGCAUGAAAUGCACUUCCUUUGAUUUACAAUUACACUGGACAACUUUCAGAUUUUCUGAUUCUUAAUCUUUAUAAACAUUUUGGUUACUAUAAUACACUGAUCUUCACAAACUAAUAGCAUUUAUAAAGCACAUGCGUGUUGUAUUGUUCAGAACAUAGCAAUGCUCACCGAUUCAUUAAAUAACAGUAAUAGAUCAAAUAAUUUGCUAUGGUACAUUUUAGUUGUGCAUGUACCCUCUGCUGGUUACUGGAAGUACUACAUGUCUUACGACUGAAGCGCAUUUCAUUGUGGGCCAUUGUAAGGUUUUGUAUCUCAAACCACUGGAGAGAAAUGUGUAAAUGAAAUGCUUUCUUAAGUAGUUAUUUUAUUAUCGAGCAAUUUGUAAGAAUAAUUACUCAAAUUGGAAAACAAAUCGCAAAUAAUAAGCACAUUUUAGUUUUGGUCUAUUGUUUCAUUUACUACCUCUUUGAACUAUAUACUUUUUAAAAAUACUGCACUCUGACAUGAUCUUGGCCAAUUGCAUAUCAUUCCAGGUAAUUUGUAUUCCAUAGUGAAAAUACAGCCACAAAUUGCUUUUUUAAAAAAAAAACUAUAGUUGAAAAUUCUUUGAGUUUUAACUAUUCUUUGUGAAUAAAAUGCUAUUGAUUUUUUACCACAUUUUUAUGAAAAAAUUGUAAAGAAUAGGCACAAUUAUCAGUAUUUUCUUACCACUAUACAAUGUACAUUUAUAUGAUCACACUAAAGAGAAACUUUACAAUUUAGAAUUGGAGAUUGUAGCCUCAUGCUUAAUAUAUUUUGUAUUGACUGGAGAAAGUAGAGGCUUCAAUUUUUGUAGUUAUUGUGAAGUCUGAUUUCCUGUGCUAUAGAAAGCAUUGUGGUACUUUUUUUUUUAAAAAAAAUUGCUUUUCCUUGGGAUUGUAAGACAAUAGAUAAUCAUGUUUUAUCCAAUUCAUGAAUUCUUUACAUACUUUGAAUUGAAUGAUUCCAAAAUCAUUGAAAUACACAACUGAGCAAUUUAAAAAUUAAUAAAUUGCAAGAGAUAAGGAAAAGCCUUGUGUUACUGAUAGGUACUUGUACAAACUUGGAUUUGCAGAGUUUGACAAUUUUAAACUUUUUAUGAUCAGUAUUUUAAAUCUUGAAAUUACUUGGAAACUGUGCUAGAAGACUAUUCCUUAAUCAAAAUAAUAAAUGAGAUAUUGCACUUUAAUUCCCUUUUUGCUAAACUUUUCACAUAGCAUUGACUUGGUACCAAAUGCAUUCUGUGGAAGUGGGAACAGAAAACUUGGCAUGCAUAUUGUUGAAUAUAACAAUAAAAACUGAUGAAUAAACAAA